CGUCAGAUGGAUUCUUCAGUCAGUCGACUGGAACUGGUGCGGCUCCCGGAGAAGCCUUGAGUGAGUGAAAGAGAGGGAGAGGGAAAGAUAGAGGGGUGGAGGGGCUGCGCCGAACAGAGGUUGGGUCAGAGCGCUCCGUCGCUUCAGACAAUCACAAGAGAGAGAGAGAGAGAGAGAGGAGGUUGAUAUGUGACAGGAUGUGGUUUCCCUGAGCUUGCAGAACAUAGCCGAUGCAUACUUUGAGCAUGACCUAAACGCACGCGCUCAAAGUGUUUGCUGCGCACGGUUAGCUAGUGAGCCUCUAGCGAGGAUAGAACAAGCCAGCGGAGCUACUGAUCCCAUCCAGAUUUGAGUCUUCUCGCUAUCUUUUUUUCCUUUGACCGAAAGCCUCCGUUCGAGCUGUAUCGGCAGGACCUGAGUGAAGAAUCGCAGAGGAUCUGAGAGUGGACUGUUGCGUUGUGCUGUUCUCCUGUCAGUAGAAUGUGUGUGUUUGUUCGAGGAGCCUUUCCAGUGGCUUUCUCUUGAUUUCAACAGUGAACUUUCCAACUCCUGUAGUCAACAGCUUCUGAUCAGGGUCCAUACACACUCUGGGGAGAUGGGCUGUGGACUGAGGAAGCUGAAGCCAUCAGAGGAGAGCAGUCCAGGGAAGAUCUACUCCACCCUGAAGAGACCACAGGUGGAGACCAAGGUGGGCGUAGCCUACACAUACCAAUACGUUGACUUCCUCGUAGGGAAAGACGAUGGCUCAUCUACACUGUGUCUUUCGUCUGUGCGGGAGCUCCCAGCCCUGCUCCAGGACAUGUACCAGCAGGGCUUUUCCCUGGUUGCCGUUCACCCCUUCAUUCAUCCCUGUGGUUCCGACGCAGUCAGCCCCCAGCACCAGCUCUACAGGGCCGUGCUGAUCCGACUCGACGAUGGGUUGGAGAAGAGCCAGGCGAGCUGUGCUCCCUACCGUCUGCAGCUGGAGCAGUGUCUGUCUACCGACCAGGUGCCCACCCCUGAGCUCAUCCAGGGUUAUGUCAAGAAGCAGGUCCAGGAUGCUGCAGACCAGGGGGUCAUGUUUGUGGGCUUCAUCCAGGAGCCGUGUGGGGUACGAGGUACCCAGACCAGAGAACCAGAGACGCCCUCCCUCUCCCUCCACUCCAGCCCCAGCUCCGUGCUAGGCUCCCUGAGCAGCCGAAGCCCCACUAGCCCCUGGGCCAAUGGAGAACCAGGAGCCCAGGAGCAGGCAAUGGACACUGGGGCCGAUGAGGACCAAGGCUCCUUAUGUAAGGGUGGGGAGGGAGAGGACCAGACUAGGGACACUGGGGGGAGUGAGACUACUGUCGGGGAAAGCAACCAUGAUGGAAGAUCCUCUCUUCCCAUAACACCAUCCACAGACAGCGAGCAAGAUCAUGAUCAGGAUGUUAUAGUGGAAGACACACUGACACACAACAAUAACAAGACAAACGUUGUGGAACUGAAGGAGAAACCAAGCCGUCACACUCAGAGAGCCAGUGGGGUGGAGCUGCUAGCCCUGUUCAACCACCCAACUGACCGUGAGGGCCAACGGAAGUACUACACUGGGAAGGUACCGCUGAGGGUUCAACUCCGUGACGAGGGGGUCAAAGGGGUGGAGGCCAACUGGCUGGAUCACAUGACCCAGCACUUCAACAACGGGGCCUCACUCGUUGAUGGAUACUUCCACCUGGGCAACGACAACGAUUUGCAGCCUAAGUCGGUGGAAAGCGUCUUCAUCUUCCAGGAGGGGACGGAGGGCGGCGACCAGAGCGUGACCACCACGUACGACGCCAUCGUCGUGGAGCAGUGGACUGUCAUUGACGGCUUGCAGGUGAAGACAGACUAUGUUCCCCUGCUCCAGUCUCUUGCCAUGUACGGUUGGAGACUCACGUGUGUGCUGCCUACACCCAUCAUCAAGACCAACAGUGAUGGAAGUUUGGCCACCAAGCAGGUCGUUUUUCUGCAGAGACCUGUCCUUCCCCGCAAGAGGGGGGAAUACAAGAAACUGAUAUUCAAAAGCAAGUCUAACAAGAACUCUGUUAAAGAUGCUUCAAAAAACAAGAAGAAGAAGAAAAACAAGCAAUCGGCAGCAGAGAAAGAUCUGGAAGAUUCCAAGAUUCUUGACGACGGGGAAAAGGUGGUCAAAGAGAGCAGGAACGUGAAGGAAAACAAGGGGAACGAAGAGGAGACGGGGAAAGAGACGGAGGUAGAGACUGUGUGUAAAGAGGCGGAGGCUCCCUGUGAAGUGGAGGAAGAGAAAAAGGUUGAGGCAGAAACUGAGGAAGGGGUAGAAAGCUGGGUAGAAACUGGGAAGGAGAGAGAUGGAGCUGCAGGAAAAGAUGACAAGAGUGACAAAGAGGGGAGAGUGGAGGAGGGAGAAGAAGCGGGGGCAGAGACUGAGCAGGAAAGACAGGGGGGGGGAGAAAAUGAGGUGGCAGUUGAUGAUGAAACCGAAACUAUCAAGGGUUCAGAGGUGGAGGUGGAGACCAAAGAACAAGGGGAGAAAGGGGGAGGAGCUGAAAUGGAAGUGAAGGAGCAUGGGGUUGAGACUAAGGAAGAGACAAAUGGAGGGGAAGAGAAUGGAGAAACGGAGAAUGUUGCCAUGCAACAAGACCCACCUGGCCAGGAAGAACAUGUAGUGCAGGAGGAGGUGCAAAAGGUAGUAAAGGAUGAGGGACAGGUCAAAUUGACCAAUCAAUGCCCUGAAGAGAGUCAAAGGUCGGAUGUGUAAACCUCUUCAGACAUCACACCUAAGGGUUCUCCUACCCAUCAUUCAUGUACCUACCAAACAUCAUAACCUGAGAUAGGGGCUCCACAAAGUCACCAUUGAACAGCCUAUAUUGCAGCAACAUCCUCCUACAAUGUAAUCACUCUAUCCUCUGCAGCAGACAUCUCUCCACAAUGGACACAUCUCUACCACAGAUGGACAGGCAACAGUCUCUCUCACAGCCUCAGACUGAUCCUAUACCUACACAUAAUGAAUGUACAUAACUGAGAAUGAUGCGGAGGAGACUAAUGUACGAGAGUUACUGGAUAUAAUGGACAAGUUGAUGGGACCAAUGGGGCUUGGGUCUGAAGAAACAGACUUUAACCAGGCAAACUCGCUUGUCCUUAUUUGUACAGUACCAUAGUGGUACAGUUACUGUAUGUCACAUGGGUUUAGAUGAGGAGCACUGCGGGAAAUGUAGUGGCUGUUGUUGCGACAGGCAAUCCAAUGCAAGGUGAAUGGAACUUUAUUUACUUUUUGCCUGUAAUGUAAAGUACUACAGAUGAUGCUGAUAAUCACUCUGAUUCUUAUAGUAGGUAUGAUACAUUCGCCUUGCAUUCCGUAUGUGUCAAUAUCCAAGCCAAGUAAAGUGUUUGAUAAUGGAGGACAUCUCCAUUGAAUGUGUGUGGAUUGAGUGGAAGUGAAGUGUGAUGAGAACCAAACUUGGAAAUGUUGAGUCAACUUUGAGAGUUUACACACGUUUGAUUUUAAUAGCUUUUCCAAUCAAUGGUCAUUAAAAAGUACUUGGCAAGGUUAUGGGCUGGGCCAUGACUAGAUGUUCAAGAUAGAAACGGAGCACAGAGGAAGUAGAAAAACAAAAAUGAUUGAGCAAUUUGGAAUAGCUGUGUUCGAAUUGCCAUUUUCCAUUGACAUUGGCUUUAAUAUUUUACCUCAAGCCUUUAAAGCCCCUCUUGACGGUGUCAUUUCUGACAAUACCAAAAUCAUAAUGUAGUCUUUCAAGGUAUCAUGUUGCUUUCCAUUUUAUAGUGGUGCUGCGUCGAUGCUGUGUGGAGAAAUCAUUAACCGGCUAAUGGACUUUGUCAGCGGGGUGUCAGUCAAGUCAUACAUUUAUAAUGGGGGUCACAAAUAACAAAUAGCACUUCAUUUGGAUUGUGAUUUUCAUAGGGAUUGAUUUUUCUUGUGCUGUAGUUGCUAAGCAAAGUCUGUAGAAACCUGUAUGUUUACAGAUGAAUAUAGUCUUGUCGUCAUUUUGUAGAUGUGGUAUUUUUCUGAAUAACCGACUGUUCUGAAAUGUUCAUCUCAGUGGCAGAUGUAUUGUAUAGAAUUCCAAACUGUGACCAGGACAGCCUUAUUAUGAUACUGGGCCUAAAUCGUCAAGUACAAAUGUCAGAAGUUUGACAAAUAUCAAGGUGGUUUCGGUGUUAUAGCCUGAGAGGGUUGCUACAAUCAGUGUUUGAAGGUAAUAUGAAGGUAAGUUCAGUGUUCUCUGUUUUAGAUUUGAACGGGAGGUAAGGAAUUUGGCUUUACAAGGUGUUGUUGAUUUAAAGGGGAAGUUUCUGUGUUUGAUUUGAAGUUAGGCUCAGUGUAUUCUGUCGUGCUAACGCUAGCUGAAGUGUGCUUUCUAACGCUCAUACUGGAGCUAGCUACCUCCUUAGGCAAAUUGGGGAUUUGUAGCUAUGGGGUCAUCAUUGCCAACUUUUUCCACCAUAUGGUCCAUGCUGUGGGCGUGAGGUCAUUACUAAUGGCCAAGUGGUCAGGGGUCAUGUUUGAACCAUGUUUGAUGGAUUUUCCACAGCUGCUACUUGUUCGAGUACAAAAGAGUGUGCCCACAUGUCAAAUAGUAGAUUUGAUAUGAAGUCAGGAUAUUUUUUAUUUUGUGAUAUUAUCUGUGGUAUUGUUUUUUCCAGCAACAGUUCGCGUUAGGCUAUUAUGAGCUUUAAUAAGCACUUGUUUUAUUCAAUACAUUUUAUUUAGCUUUGCGGGUCACCGCUAGAGAGAGAGAAUAGAAAUUACUUGUCAGUUUUAAUAUUUGAGAAACUAGGACAAAUAUGAAUAAGAAAUGGCAUUCUAAAACACCCCUCUGUGAUAAGUGAAGAGAUUACCUGGAAACUGAGACAUAUUUCCCCAUUGGGUUCUUAUCAAGUCAUUUUUUCUCUUUAGAUUUAAACUAAUCACUUUCUGCCCGGAUAUAAGAUCAUGUAGGACUGUCAUAUUUGCUUAUUCAUACAUUGUUUAUUAUGUGUUCAUCAGUUCUGUUGUUCAUACCAAUUUGAGUCUUUUUUUUAUAGAUAUCUGUGAUCCUUGUUCCUUUGUAUAUUAUUUUACACUGAGACAAUACUGCCUCUUCAAGUACAAUGUACAUCAAGUUAUGGUAGGAAAGUGUGGAAAAAUACAGCCAGGAACUAUCAGGUGAUCUCAUGCUUUACAUCAUUGUAUUUUAACACCUACAGCAUUCCGGUAGGACACCAUUAACAUGGACAACUGUAACCUCCACAGAGUUGGGUCAAAUGACACCAGGUCCUGUAUCCGUUUGUAUUACCUGGGGGUCGUGAACUCCAUGCCCUCAUCUCUUGUGAUAAGAGAUGAUUAGUGAUUUGUACAUUUGCUCAGCUUUGACAUAAGUAGACUCUGGGGAGAGUGGUAGACUACAUUUUUCCUGAUACUGAAAAGCAAGGAUAUGGAGAGAAAAGUGAAGCAGGAUCUGUCACUUCAUCAGUUAAAUUAUGCUGAAUGUUGUUUACUUGCCCUUCCGUGACGAGGGAGACCUGUGACUAACAUAGACUAACCUCAGCCUUGUCGAGAACAAAAGCCUCCAACCCACUCGUGAAAAAAAAGAUAAUCUACUAUUUCCUGUCUUUAUGUAACCAUAAUUGUCUAAAGCUCAGCAGUCAGUGGCAGUGCAAUUGUUCUUGAUAAUGCUGUGCAAAUUGUGUGUUCCAGGGUUCAUUUCCUGUGUGUAAUGAUGUGAAAUGGACAGAUUAGAAAUGACAGAAACAUGAUACAGUAGGAGGGCAAUCUCUUUAUGUUGUCACUUUAGCUUGCUCGUGGCCUCUGGAAUUGUAUUGUUAGGUUUCAUCUCCGAUGUUACUGUUAAUCAUCUGCGCUGCCAUUUUGAAUGUUGAGUGUCUUUGAUCAUCGGCUACCGUCACGCACUGCAGUGUUUGUAAAAACAAAGUUAUUCUUUGUAUUCACUUUUCAUGGAAAUGUCCACAUCCCUACUGUUCAUGACUGUACAAUUUGUAUAUUAUAAAAAUAUUUAUAUUUAA